AUGGCGGAACCAAAUUUGAGUAAGGACGUACCAAACGUCAUUGAAAAGGGAAAUGUUGAAAAAGAACAAGUUUAUCUUGAAGAAACAUUUUAUAUUCUCUCCAAAAGGAAAUCUGUUUUCCGCGUUCGCCUAACUUCUAAAGGAUUGUCCUUAACUAAAGAAACCGAUGAUAGUUCUAAAGAGCAAACAAUUCCUUUGCAAGACAUUAUCGGCAGCAAAUGUAUGAGAAGCAAGAGACGGCGUGUCGGGGCUGGAUCUUGUGUUUGUACUUCACUGGUAGGUCACCAGCAGUUAAAAGUAGUAGAUGAAAACAGCGGUGAUCUUGAUGAAAGCGAUAUUAGCGCAUAUCUAUAUAUUUACGCUUAUCCACUAAAGCUUAAUCGGCGCACAUUGAAAAGAGAACGGACUACAAUAACAUUACGGUUUCGGUCUUAUGAUAAAUACGAAGAUAAUAAUAAAGAAGCUCAAAAAUGGAGAACAUGCAUUAAAUGUUUGAUAGCUAACCAACCUAUUACUUAUGUGGCGCCUCAAACACAAUCUGAUAAGAAGUUGCUAAUUUUGUUAAAUCCCAAAUCUGGCCCUGGAAAGGCUCGUGAAUUGUUUCAAACCAAAGUAGCUCCCUUGUUGCAAGAGGCCGAAAUUCCAUAUGAUCUGCAUAUAACAAAAUACGCACAAUAUGCACGUGAAUUUGUACGAACGAGAAAUGUUUAUGGUUGGCGGGGUGUUGUCGCUGUAGGGGGUGAUGGUGUACUUUUCGAAAUUCUAAAUGGCAUGUUUGAGCGUCUUGAUUGGCAACAAGCAUUGGCUGAAGUACCCCUUGGCAUUAUACCUUGUGGCUCUGGCAAUGGCUUGGCAAGGACUAUUUGUCAUCAUUACAAUGAGCCCUAUAUUCGUCAGAACCUAACCGGUAUUUCUGUGAGUUUAGCGAGAGGCAAAACUGCACCAUUGGACGUAGUCAGAGUCGAAACGAAAAGUAAUAUUAUGUUUUCAUUCCUAUCGGUCGGAUGGGGCUUACUUUCUGAUAUCGAUGUUGAAAGCGAACGAAUACGAGCGAUUGGUGGACAGAGGUUCGCGAUAUGGGCACUAGCAAGAUUAGUCGGACUGAGAAAGUACAAAGGUGUAGUCAGUUACGCUAGGAUCAAGGAUGUGACCAAUCUUCCCAAGCCAAAAUUACCGGUGACUCUCAGCCAUAGCGUUAGCCAGGAUGGUGCGCUUGAUUCCCCCGACGCGGAAGCUUUCAUUGACUGUGAUGAGCAUUCAGAAGUGUUCACUAAUGCUUUGAACGGUAAACAAUAUCAAAGGGUCGAUUCAUGGUACUCUGUAAACUCUAGAAGGAGUGCAUUUUAUAGUACAAGAGGCUCUGAGUACCACAGUGUAACUAGUGGGGGCUCGGAAAUGCGAUCACCCGUUCACGCAUGUAUGCACGGUCCGGCAUCACACCUACCAUCCUUAAUGUCUCAGUUGCCUUCACAUUGGGUACAUGAAGAAGGCGAAUUCGUUAUGGUUCACGUCUCAUACCAGGCAUAUAUUGGAGAAGAUUUACUAUUCGCACCACGCUCGCAAAUGUCCGAUGGAGUCAUGUGGAUGCUUAUUAUCAAAGCAGGUAUCACAAGAUCUCAGAUUUUAUCUUUUCUGAUUGGCAUGGGUGAAGGCAAUCACGCAGACAUUAACAAUGAGCAUAUCAAGAUGAUUCCUGUGAGUGCAUUUAGAAUAAUUCCUGAAGGAUCUAAUGGUUACAUGACUGUUGAUGGUGAACUUGUUGAGUAUGGUCCAAUUCAAGCAGAAAUCUUCCCAAAUAUAGUUCACCUUUUAGUACCAGAUACAAAAUAA